CGGAAGGGCGGGACCUGCGGACAGUCGUGCGUGAGGCCCUCGCGCGGCGCAGAUGGCUGGGCCGGUUAAGGACCGCGAGGCCUUCCAAAGGCUCAGCUUCUUGUACCAGGCCGCCCACUGUGUCCUUGCACAGGACCCCAUGAACCAGGCGCUGGCGAGGUUUUAUUGUUACACGGAGAGGACCAUUGCAAAGCGGCUGGUCUUGCGGCGGGACCCCUCGGUGAAGAGGACCCUCUGUCGUGGCUGCUCUUCCCUCCUCAUCCCGGGCCUCACCUGCACCCAGCGCCAGAGACGCUGCAGGGGACAGCGCUGGACAGUACAGACUUGCCUAACAUGCCAACGCAGCCAGCGUUUCCUCAAUGAUCCUGAUCAUCUACUCUGGGGAGACCGGCCUGAGGCCCAGCUGGGGAGCCAGGCAGAUCUCAAACCACCACAGUCCCUGCCAAACGCAGCCCACCCCAUUCCAGCCCACCUCCCUGAGGAGAAAGAGCCUCAGAGCUCUGGUCACCAGUGAUGGAUUCACCCUAUCUUUCAAAUAAAUAAAAAUAGUUCUGUUUCA